AUGGCGACCCAUGUCGAUGAGAAGAGCGUGGUGCGGCACCAGGAGAAUAGUGACUCUGAACGACGCCUCAGUCACCAGGAAAUGGCUGGUUCAGGGUCUGAGGAAGGAUUGCAUGAGUCGGAGAUGGAUGUCCCAAUGACAUUCCGUCGAUUCAUGGGCUUCGUUGCUAUGGCUUUCCUGUGGACUGGAAGCCAAAUUCCCGUCUAUUUGUUUGGUGGUAUUCCCCCCUACAUCUAUGGAGACAUUGGUGGAGCGGAUCGAUGGGUCUGGUUUGUUCUUGCAAACUUACUUGGCCUCGCUGGUGUAUGUCCUUUCGUAGGCUCCCUAUCCGACCUCAUCGGCCGACGACCUGUCGCAAUCAUCGGCGCCUCCCUGAUCGUUAUUGGCAUGAUUGUCUGCAGCACAGUGAACUCAAUGAACUACUUCAUCGCUGGAAUGGCUGUUGCUGGCGCCGGUGCUGGAGUCAAUGAAUUGACUGCCCUAGCUGCUACUUCUGAAAUGGCCCCCACUCGCAAGCGAGGUGUCUACGUGUCUGCUCUUAUCUUCACCAUUGUUCCAUUCUGCCCUUCGGUCUUGUGGGCUCAGCUUAUCGCAUACUACAGCCACUGGCGCUAUGUCGGAGCGUUCUGUGGAGCAUGGAGUGCCUUUGGUCUGUUGGUGACCAUCUUCUUCUAUUUUCCUCCUCCACGUGUCAACUCUGUUGGAAUGAGCCGAAAGGAGAUUAUUGGCCGUAUUGAUUUCGUUGGUGGAUUCCUCAGUAUCACCGGUCUCAUUGUCUUCCUUGCAGGUCUACAAUGGGGCGGAUAUAUGUACCCCUGGAGCUCUGCCCACGUCCUCGCACCAUUGAUCAUCGGAUUCUUACUGCUGGUCGCAUUUGGAUUCUGGGAGGUCUACGGAGCCAAGUAUCCUAUCUUCCCAUCUCGUCUGAAGCAAGAGCCCCGGACCCUGGGUCUGACUCUCGUCAUCACUUUCAUUUCCGGUGCGAACUUCUUCUCUGUGCUCAUGUUCUGGCCCACCGAAUCUUUCAACGUAUACGGUCAUGAUCCUGUGAUGGUUGGAGUUCGCAGUCUUCCUAUUGGGUUCGGUAUCAUGGCGGGAGCGUGUAUCGUGCUAGCCCUGCUCAGUGUCUUCCGAGGACACAACAAGGAGCUUUUGAUUAUCAGUAGUGUUCUGAUGACCGCAGGAUGUGGUGCUAUGUCAAUUGGCCGAGUUGAUAAUAUGUAUCAGCUUUGGGGAGUCCUCGUCCUUGCCGGUCUCGGAAUUGGAGGAAUCGUGGUGCCAGCCUCGAUUAUCACAACCAUCAUUUGUCCCGAUGAUCUCAUUGCCACAAUCUCUGCACUCACUCUCUCCAUCCGCGUGGUGGGCGGCGGCAUCGGCUACACCAUUUACUACAACGUCUUCAUCUCCAAAUUCGUUCCCAAGGCUACAUACUACAUCGGCGGAGUAAUGAUGAAGGAGCUCAACAUCACCGACGUCAAAUUAAUUGGCGAAGUAAUCGAGUUGACGGGUGCCUCAUUGUUAGACGAGAUCCGCCACGUCCCUGGCAUUGCUGGCAAUGAGACUGCAUACCAGAUGGUUAUAGGGGCUGGUCAGCUCGCUUACGCUGAAGGAUACAAAUGGGUGUACUAUGUUAGCAUUGCUUUCGGUGGUAUUUCAAUCAUCGCUGCUUGCUUCUUGGGUGACAUUAAGAAGUAUAUGACUGACCAUGUGGCUGUCGUGAUGUGA